ACAAGUUUUACAACCAAAGAGUUUGAGAGUAAUCUCACUUGUGAUUGCUCUUAUCCUCCUCCAAACUCAUCUUGCCACGUCAUUAGAAUAUGCUAUCUUACAAAUUAUAGUUUUGGUGGGAUGUAAAAACACUUGUGAACUAUAGAUUAAAACAAAAAAAAGUUUGAUUUGUCUUAUUUGUGAAGACAAAGAUUACUUUGCCAGGCUGGAAAUGGCAGCUGGUCGUUUGACCCGUUGACCGAAUAUACGAUUCAAAAGAUAAUAACGCGUUUUUGUUUUUUUUUUUCGCCUUAUUCUAAUUAACUAGACUUAACUAUAAAACCAAUUAGAAAAAUUUGUAUUUAAUGUUAGCAAAUUAUUUUUCAAAAAGAAGACCGUUUGACUUUGACAAACCAAAAUUGUCAAAGUAACAAGGAAAGUCAAAUCGCUUACUAAUACUGAGCUCUAAAGUCGCAGAAUUUAUCAGGCAUAGUCCCUCCAGAGUUUUCUAAGCUUCGUCACCUCAAAGUUUUGGACCUUAGCCGUAACUCUCUGACUGGUUCCAUUCCAAAGGAAUGGGCUUCUAUGCGCUUGGAAGAUUUAUCUUUCAUGGGGAACCGACUGUCUGGUCCAUUCCCAAAAGUCAUAACCCGCCUUACCACUCUCAGAAACUUGAGCCUAGAAGGAAAUCAGUUUUCAGGACCAAUCCCUCCUGAGAUUGCAAAGUUGACUCAUUUGGAGAAACUUCAUCUACCUUCGAAUGCUUUCACUGGUCCAUUGCCUGAAAAACUUGGAUUGCUCAAGAACAUUACUGAUAUGAGGAUAAGUGAUAAUAAUUUCACUGGACCAGUACCAAAUUUCAUCGCCAACUGGACAAGAAUAGUGAAACUGCAGAUGCAUGGUUGCGGUUUGGAUGGUCCAAUACCUUCCAGCAUCUCUACAUUGACUAGCUUGUCUGAUUUAAGGAUUAGUGACUUAGGAGGCAAACCGUCUCCCUUCCCUCCAUUGAGCAAUUUGAAGUCUAUCAAGUCGCUGAUACUGAGAAGAUGCAAUUUAAAUGGCCCAAUUCCAAAAUAUAUUGGGGAUAUGAAGAAUCUCAAAACACUUGACCUCAGUUUUAAUCUCUUAAGUGGUGAGAUUCCAUCAUCGUUUGAAAAGAUGAAGAAAGCCGAUUUCAUUUAUUUGACAGGAAACAAGUUGACAGGAGGUGUUCCAAGCUACUUUGUCGAAAUAAACAAAAACGUAGAUGUUUCUUACAACAACUUUACUGAUGAAAGUUCAAUUCCAAAUGAUCAUGAAUGUAACCGAGUUACUUCGAAUUUGGUGGAAAGCUUCGCCACGGGGAACAAAUCACACAAGGGUUCAACCUGUUUUCUUCACAACAUCCCUUGUGUUCAUCCUAAAAGAAAUCACGUAUAUAAAUUGUACAUAAAUUGCGGAGGAGGUGAAGUAAAAGUGGAUAAAGGAAAAAUAUAUCAGGCUGAUGACGAGCCAAAAGGUGCUUCUAUGUACUUCGCUGGCGCUGACAAGCACUGGGCGUUGAGCAGCACAGGGAACUUCAUGGACAAUGAUGACGAUGCUGAUGAUUAUACUGUGCAGAACACGUCCAGGUUAUCAGUUAAUUCUUCCUCUCCCAGCGUUGGACUUUAUAGGACAGCUCGUGUCUCUCCUUUAUCGUUGACUUACUACGGACUCUGUCUUGGAAAUGGGAACUACACUGUGAAUCUCCACUUUGCUGAGAUCAUCUUUACCGAUGACAAUACAUUUUACAGUCUUGGCAAACGUUUGUUCGAUAUUUAUCUUCAGGAUCAGUUAGUGAUAAAAAACUUCAACAUUCAAGAAGCAGCUCGAGGAUCAGGCAAGCCAGUCAUAAAAUCGUUUAUGGUAAAUGUAAAGGACCAUACUCUGAAGAUUGGUUUGAGAUGGGCUGGCAAAGGGACAACCGGCAUUCCAAUUAGAGGUGUAUAUGGUCCUAUGAUUUCAGCUAUAUCAGUGACACCCAAUUUCAAACCUCCGGUAUAUCAUGACGUUAAGGCUAUCAUACUAAAAGCAGGGGUACCAGUUGCUGCAGCAACACUUCUUUUGUUUAUCAUAGUUGGCGUAUUCUGUAAAAAACGGCGUGAUAAAAAUGCUAUUGACAAAGAGCUAAGGGGUUUAGAUCUUCAAACUGGAACUUUCACUCUACGACAGAUAAAAGCAGCCACUGAUAACUUUGACAUAACAAAAAAGAUUGGUGAAGGUGGAUUUGGCUCUGUUUACAAGGGUGAAUUAUCUGAGGGAAAAAUGAUUGCAGUCAAACAACUGUCUGCAAAAUCGAGGCAGGGAAAUCGAGAGUUUGUAAAUGAAAUAGGAAUGAUCUCAGCACUACAGCAUCCAAAUCUUGUUAAGCUAUAUGGAUGUUGUGUUGAAGGAAACCAAUUGAUAUUGGUCUAUGAGUAUCUGGAGAACAAUUGUCUAUCUCGUGCGCUAUUUGGAAAGGAUGAGAGUUGUAGACUGAAGCUAGACUGGUCAACAAGGAAGAAGAUUUGUUUGGGGAUAGCUAAAGGACUAACAUUUCUCCAUGAAGAAUCUAGGAUAAAGAUUGUACACAGAGAUAUAAAGGCAAGCAACGUGUUACUCGAUAAGGAUCUUAAUGCUAAGAUCUCUGACUUUGGCUUGGCAAAGUUGAAUGAUGAUGGAAACACACACAUCAGUACCCGUAUUGCUGGAACUAUAGGUUAUAUGGCUCCUGAAUACGCGAUGCGUGGUUACUUGACUGAGAAAGCAGAUGUUUAUAGCUUUGGUGUUGUUGCACUCGAAAUUGUAAGUGGAAAGAGUAACACAAACUUUAGGCCAAGCGAGGACUUCGUCUACCUUCUUGAUUGGGCUUAUGUUUUGCAAGAGCGAGGAUCAUUGCUAGAGCUAGUUGAUCCAACGUUAAGUGACCACUUAGAAGAGGAAACCAUGUUAAUGUUAAACGUGGCAUUGAUGUGCACUAACGCGUCACCGACGCUAAGGCCUACGAUGUCGCAGGUGGUGAGUCUCUUAGAAGGAAAGACAGCGUUGCAAGAGCUGCUGUCUGAUCCGAGCUUCUCAACGGUUAACCCAAAGCUUAAAGCCUUGAGGAACCAUUUUUGGCAAAACGAGCUGAGCGAUAUUAGCUUCUCCACAAGCGGGAAUUGUACAGCUGCCUCUGUUAACUCACUCGUUGAUGCUGAGGAGAAAACUGGGCUUUUGCAUUAAGUUCUUAAAUUCCAAAAUUUAAGUGAGAUUCCUGGGAGUGGUUUAAGUUUUUCACCAAUAAAUAGUUAUUUUUCUAAGUGUAUAUAUAUAUAUAUAUAUAUAUAUAUAUAUUUUUUGAAGUCUUCUAUAGCUCAAAAAUUGUGACAUGUGAAUUAGAUUGAUCCCAAAAUAUAUAGACAAAAAUAAUCCUUAA